AUGUCCCCAGGCUCCACUACCCCAUCUCAUUCGCUUCCCGGUUGCCACGUAACUUGUCCUGGCGACAGUCUACUUACCGGACCUGGCUUCGAGCCGAUCCAAUGCUCGGCUUGUGGUGAGACUUUGCUGCUGCUUACGCCAGGUGGAUUCAGCCCUCCGGCGGCUCAGCUGAGCUUGUCGCCUCACCAGACAGGGUCUGAUUGUGAGCUGCAUGUUUGGGCCUCUGCAAAGGCCGGCAGCUCCGUUGAUGUCCGUCGCUUGACCUGGCAACAUCAGGGCACACCAUCCACUAGCACCACGUCGGUCUCGGCUCCCAUCGGUGUCGCCGCUGCGACCACUUACUGGGCUGCGGAGGAUCCAUCUGAUCAGUUGGUUGGCCUCGGCCCUUCAUCACCUCCGCCGCUCGACCAGACCGGCUGGAAUUCUCUUCACAGAACAGUCGGUGGUGAAUUGAGUCGGCAGUCUUGUGGACCUCUCGCCAAUGGCCAGCGAGAUAUUAGCGAUUUCAGGUGUUUGUCUGCAAAGUUUAACGAGAAGACAAGUGUCGACCGUCCCCACAGGGAAACUGAACCAUCUGCGGAUGGCACUGAUGUGCAGGCCUUGCUCGAGGCAGCUCAUGUAAAUGGAUCUAUCUGGAUUGCUUUACCAUCUUAUAUUCUGGAGCGAUGUAUUAAGCUAAUUAUCCGUUUUCUACCUAGCUCUCAAGUUAUUUUGAAUUAUUUUAUGUUUUGGGUUAUUCUUCGUCUAGUUUACCAAUUGAUCUGUCAUACUCAUUAUACUAUUUGGAAAAUAAGCGUCUAUCUAACAUUAUAUCUGGAGUGGAUCGCGGUCCUCAUAAUUACUCCCCUCCAUAUGCUUCAAUUUUUCCUGUGA